AUGGUUUCUCCAAUCCUUGUGAGCGUUGCUCGAGCAAGGGACGUUUUGAUUGUGCCGUUUGUGAGCGAGGUUCUUGUUUCGCUCAAGACGGCCGCCGCUGUGCAGGAAAUUGUUGCGCUGGCUAAAGAGUAUCUAGGCCAGAUCUAUGUCGACUGGGCUUUGGGAUCUGCGGUUGAUGAUAGCGAAAUAGACACUGUUCUGGCUCUUUUGAACAACGGCGUGUCUGGUCUUUUUGUUACUUCUGCUGUUGCAGAGCAGAUCAGAGCCCGUGUGCCCAACGCCAGACUGGUCAUCAAGGAUGGAAAAGAUGCUGCCGAGAAUAUUUGUGUUUCUGGCGAGACACAGGUGAAAAUUGGAAAGAGAAGAGUGUUUGGAUUCUUCGAUGAACCACUCCAACAGAUCGCCAAGGGCUACACUGCUGUUAUGGAGCUCGACCAGCUGACAAAGGAGUACGAAGACCCGGGCACCAAGACGCCGUUCGUGGAGUGCUAUGUCGCCGCCAUGAACACCGACAGACCUGAUGGUUUGUACACGACUCUUGUCACCGACAGCAGAAACCAGGCUCUUGGCCUGGUCUACUCGUCCAAGAAGUCCAUUGCCGAGGCCAUCAGGACCGGCACCGGUGUAUACCAGUCCAGAAAACACGGCUUGUGGUACAAAGGCCAGACAUCGGGAGCUACGCAAAAACUGCUCCAGCUGGAGCUCGACUGCGACAGCGACUGUCUGAAGUUUGUUGUGGAGCAGGCCGGUGCGGGUUUCUGCCACCUUGACACGGUUUCCUGUUUUGGCUCGUCCAAAGGACUGGCAGCUCUAGAGGCCACUUUGUGGGACCGCAAAGAGAAUGCUCCGGAAGGCUCGUACACCAAGAGACUGUUUGAGGAUGAGAAGCUGCUAAAUGCCAAAAUUAAAGAAGAAGCCGACGAGCUCGUGGAGGCCGCCUCGAAGGAGGAGAUUGCGUGGGAGGCCGCCGACCUGGUGUACUUUGCGCUUGCCAGAUGUGCGAAAUACGGUGUCACGCUUGCGGACAUUGAGCGGAACCUGGACAUCAAGGCCCUGAAGGUGACGAGACGUAAGGGCGACGCAAAGCCAAAGUACGUUGAGCAGAAGGCCACGGAAAAGCCAAAGGCGUCUGUGAAUGGAGACGGCCGCAUCGUGAUGAACCGUGUGGAUGCCACCUCUGCCUCGAAAGAGGAUAUUGAAAAAUGUCUUCAGAGACCGAUCCAGAAGUCAGCAGAUAUCAUGAACCUGGUGACGCCGAUCGUCGAGAAAGUGAGAAAAGAAGGAGACGCUGCGCUGGUGGAGCUCACGGCCAAGUUCGACAAGGUGCAGCUCAGCUCUCCUGUACUGAACGCUCCGUUCCCAGCAGAAAUGAUGCACAUCAGCGAGGACGUGCGCAAGGCCAUUGACAUCUCGUUCGCCAACAUCAAGACCUUCCACGAGGCCCAGAACCAGGCAGAGACCCUGCGCGUGGAAACGUGUCCCGGCGUCGUGUGCUCGCGGUUUGCGCGUCCGAUCGAGCGCGUUGGCUGCUACAUCCCCGGCGGAACUGCCGUGCUGCCGUCCACGUCGCUUAUGCUGUCUGUGCCGGCUCUCGUUGCCGGUUGCAAAGACAUCGUGUUUGCCUCUCCUCCGGGCAAAGACGGCCGUCUGACGCCAGAGGUGGUCUAUGUGGCGCACAAGGUGGGUGCCAAGUGCAUUGUGCUUGCCGGAGGCGCGCAGGCGGUCGCUGCGAUGGCGUACGGUACCGAGUCUGUGCCAAAGUGUGACAAGAUCAUGGGACCCGGAAACCAGUUUGUGACGGCAGCCAAGAUGCUCGUUUCCAACGACUCCAAUGCCAUGUGUGCCAUUGACAUGCCUGCCGGGCCGUCCGAGGUGCUGGUGAUCGCCGACAAAUACGCCGACCCAGACUUUGUGGCCUCGGACCUGCUUUCGCAGGCAGAGCACGGCGUGGACUCGCAGGUGAUUUUGAUCGCCGUGGACAUGACGUCUGCCGAGAUCGACCAUAUCGACGAGGCCGUCCACCGCCAGGCGCUGCAGCUGCCGCGUGUCGAGAUCGUGCGCCAGUGCAUCGCCCACUCCACCACUAUAAUUGUGAACAGCUACGACGAGGCGUUCGAGAUGAGCAACAGAUACGCUCCGGAGCACCUUAUUCUGCAGAUCCAGGACGCCGAAAAAUGGGUCGACAAGGUCGACAACGCCGGCUCUGUGUUUGUGGGGGCCUACUCGCCCGAAAGCUGCGGCGACUACUCUUCUGGAACCAACCACACGCUGCCUACCUACGGCUACGCCAGAAUGUACUCGGGAGUUAACACCACGACGUUCCAGAAAUUCAUCACGUCGCAGGUGGUCACCAAGGAGGGUCUCAAGAGCAUUGGCAAGGCCGUGAUGGACCUGGCGGCCGUCGAGGGCCUCGACGCGCACCGCAACGCCGUCAAGAUUAGAAUGGAAAAACUUGGAUACAUAUAG